GAGCGGAGUGUGUGGAGUGAGCUCCCUCAGUAUUUAACCAGCGUGGCUUCAGCACUCAGGGGCGGCUCGAGAUUCCUCAUCCAACUCCAGAGAGCUGCUGUAACAAUUGUGGAGAACUUUACUUUAAAUCAUAUCCACCAAGUCGUCUUUUUAAAGAGAAAAGAUUUAAACUAUUGGGAAUAACUAUUGGGAGGGGAAAACUACCUCGGCUGGAAAAUUGACACGUUUGAAUUGCACGAUUUUCUGUUUCAUUCUGCUUGAUUCUUUUUUAAAUUAAUUUCAGUUUUUUUUUAAAUUUAGUUGGGUUUCACUCUCCCUGCGUCAGGGACCAGUGUAUUUUUUUUAUUAUUUUGGUUGGGGUGCUGGAAUCCUAUCCUGAGACAGCGGGAGUAACCUGAGCGGAUUUUGCUUUAAGUGUUUUUUUUUGAGAAAGGGGAAUAGAGAGAGAGAGAGUUCUGCAGAGAAUGGUCUCCGCUCCGAGCCUGUGGCGCCCGCUGCUCUUCGGCUUCGCCCUGUGUCAGCUCGGCGGCCCCGCCGACACCAGGAAAAGCUGGAAGGGUGCCCGACAGAACUCCCACUACCGCCGGCCCCAAGGGCUCUCUGCCCGGGAUAGGAGCCAGCAGCAACCAGCGGCGGCGGCGCCUGAGACCGAGGAGAGUUUCACUUUGGACUUCACCGCGGUAGAAGGAAACAUUGAUAACUUCAUGACUCAGAUCAAGAGCCUGGCUCAGUCCCUCUACCCCUGCUCCGUCCAGAAGCUCAACGAUGACAUGAGGCUCCACUUUCUGACCAACUCCUCGGUUACCUGUAACGACGGCACUCCGGCUGGGUAUUACAUGAAAGAGUCGAAAGGCAGUAGGCGCUGGUUAAUCUUUUUAGAAGGGGGCUGGUACUGUUUCAGCAAAGAGAAUUGUGACACGCGAUAUGACACCAUGCGCCGGUUAAUGAGCUCCACCAACUGGCCUCGAAGUAAAACAGGUACUGGAAUCCUGUCUCCUCAGCCAGAAGAAAAUCCUUACUGGUGGAACGCUAAUAUGGUUUUUAUUCCUUAUUGCUCAAGUGACGUCUGGAGUGGAGCAUCCCAGAAAUCUGAGAAAAGUGCCUAUGCUUUCAUGGGAGCCCUGAUAAUACAAGAAGUUAUCAAAGAGCUGUUGACUAAAGGUCUGGAAAAUGCAAAGAUUCUCCUUCUAGCUGGAACCAGUGCUGGCGGGACAGGGGUGCUCCUGAAUGUAGACAGAGUGGCCGAACAGCUUGAAGAGUUGGGAGUCCAUGGAGUGCAAGUUCGCGGUCUGGCUGAUUCAGGCUGGUUCCUGGACAACAAACAGUACCAGAGGACUGACUGCAUCGACACAAUAUCAUGUGCCCCCACAGAAGCGAUCAAGAAAGGAAUAAGGUACUGGAAUGGAGUUGUACCUGAACUUUGCAAGCAGCAGUUCAGAGGAGGAGAAGAGUGGAACUGCUUCUUUGGAUACAAGAUAUAUCCAACAUUAAGAAGCCCGUUGUUUGUGGUCCAGUGGCUCUUUGAUGAAGCACAGCUUACCGUGGAUAAUGUACAUCUCACAGGGCAACCAGUUCAAGAGGGACAGUGGAACUACAUUCAGAACCUGGGAAGAGAGUUGAAAAAUACUCUUAAGGACGUACCGGCUGUUUUUGCACCUGCAUGCUUGUCUCAUGAAGUGAUCACAAAAAGCUACUGGUUGAAUCUCCAAGUGAAAGGGAUCUCCUUACCACGAGCACUGCACUGUUGGGAUCGCAGCCUUCAAGAUGGUAACAGAAAUGGCAAGAAUUCAAUGAAGGGCUGUCCCAUCCAUCUGACUGAUGGCUGCCACUGGCCUCACUGUAACCCUACCUGCCCCACCAUCAGAGACCAGUACACAGGGCAGGAGAUGACUGUUAUACAAUUCCUAAUGCACAUGGGUUUCGAUAUACAGAAGAUGGCCCAGCAGCAAGGAAUAGAGGUUAGCAAACUACUCGGGAUGCUGAGCAGCGGGAGCUAAAAUACCUGCUCGUUGGGACUGAUGAGACGUUGAAUGCGUUUUACAAAAGACAAACUGCCCACAUGCAGCGGAGGAGCAGGCAGGCUUUUCUAACCGGACCUCAACAAUCUCUCAAAUCAAAACCUGCAAGGACACAGAUAAAAUACAAAGUGGUGGAAAGCACUGGAUUGAUCAAUGAAACAUAAAAGGAGGAAGGACCCUAGGUCUUUCUAUGCAACUGACAGUCUUCACAGAUUGGAUGACAGAACAAGAAGACAGAACACGGUGAAAUGGAUUCUUUUCCCUUUCAGUUCACAAUGUAAAACCGGAGAGUGGGAUUCAAGCAGGAUAUGCUGCAGUCAAACUAUAAUGCUGUGUAUUUUUUAACAAACUAAAACCUGUGCUAAUUUGGUAAUUUUACAUAUUUAUUUUUAUUAUGUAAAUCAUAUUUAUAAGUGUAAUGCAGGCAGAGAGCUAAAUAUGUUUCUUUAUAAAUUGUAAAUACUGUCUCCUAGUCGCAUGUUUUUGUAAUGGAAUUAAAACGAUCUCAUGACAAUCACUUUGGUGUGUUCUGCGUUAGUCUGUAAACACUGGAAGAUUCAAGAUUUAUUGCAUUUUCACUUACUCAUGUCUAUCUUUUGCCUUACACAGAGUAACACUGUUUACUACAGAUUCGGGCCAUUCAGCUCAUCUGAUCUGUACUGAUGUUGACACUCCCCUCUUCAGCCAACCCAUUCAGAAUUACCUUCUGUUUCUGACCCUCAUUUGUUUGUCUUCUGACUCAUCUUAAAUGCAUCUAUGCUAUUCCCAUCCAUGUGGUAGUGAGUUUUGUAUUCAAACCACUCUCUGGAUAAAGAUGUGAAUUUCUAGUUGGAAUUAAUAGUGGCUAUUUUACAUGUAUCACCUGCUUUUUGGUGAUUUCUAAUGGAUGGUCUGUAACAAGCAAAUCUUCUCACUGGGCUUCUCCAAUUGUGACAACUCCUGCUAUCACCAUGAUAAAUAUGGAAUCAUACAGCAUAGAAACAGGCCCCUUGGCCCACCAUGUAUGUGCUGACCGACAAACAGCCAAACUGAUUAAUCCAAUUGAUCUGCAGUUGGUCUGUCGCCUCCUAUACCCUAGCAUUUUUAAGUGCUCACCCAGUUGCCACCCAGUGUCAUAUCAUCCCUGAACAGGUUGAUUAAAAUAUAUCUAUAACUGGCUAUCCAGAGAGUGACAUAGUCAUACAGUCAUACAGCAUGGAAACAGAUCCUUCUGUCCAACCAGUCCAUACAUAAUCUC